AUGCCGCUUCCAGAGGGUGUAGGACCGAUUUUGGCAUGUGCCUAUACCUCUGUCACACGGGCAACCAACAUUGUACCUGGUCCCGGUGGUUGGUUAAGUUGGAGUACAAUACGGUUCAGACUUGAGGGUGUCGCAUUCCGCCCUGAGGACGUUAUAACUAGACUGGAGGGCGUCGUGCUCAGACUGGAGAGCGUCGUAGUCAGACAGGAGCUCGUCGUACACAGACCGGAGGGUGCUGCGACUGGCUUUGAGGGCGUUGUAGUCGGCCUUGGGUCAGUGUACAACGAGUCAAUAGAGUCAUUUACUCUCUUUUUUUUCCAGCAUAUUCGAGUGGGCUGGGAGCAGCUAUUAACAACAAUUGCUAGAACCAUUAAUGAAGUGGAAAACCAGAUUCUGACCCGUGAUGCCAAGGGUAUCACCCAGGAGCAAAUGAAUGACUUCAGAGCAUCAUUCAACCAUUUUGACAGGGACCACUCCGGCACACUUGGCCCUGAGGAAUUCAAAGCCUGUCUCAUCAGCUUGGGUUACGAUAUUGGAAACGAUGCACAGAAGAAGACUGGUAUGAUGGAUUGUGAAGAUUUCCGAGCCUGCCUUAUCUCGAUGGGUUACAAUAUGGGAGAGGCAGAGUUUGCCCGCAUCAUGAGCAUUGUCGACCCUAAUCGCAUGGGCGUAGUGACGUUCCAGGCCUUCAUCGACUUCAUGUCCCGGGAAACAGCAGAUACAGAUACUGCUGACCAGGUUAUGGCCUCUUUCAAGAUCCUGGCUGGAGAUAAGAACUACAUCACUGUGGAUGAGUUACGGCGGGAACUGCCUCCUGAUCAGGCUGAGUACUGCAUUGCUAGGAUGGCACCCUACACUGGCCGUGAUGCUGUACCCGGUGCCCUGGACUACAUGUCUUUCUCCACGGCGCUCUAUGGCGAAAGUGACCUUUAACUUUUUCCUGCCCCACCACACAACCCUCCCCUCUCCCCGUCCAACACACCCUUCUUUCUCUUUGCAAAGCAGCCUCUGCUCAGCUCUUUUUUUGUGUUUCCCUGUUUUGCUUCAGAUAACAGAUCACAUUUUUAAAUGGGGGGAGGACAUUGACAUGACACCGCCUACCUUGCCCUUGAAAUGACAGUUUACAAAAUUAUUUUGUGAAGAAAAAAAAAGUUACGUUUUAAAAAGAUCAGACAUAUUUUAUUAUAGAAAAAAGGGUAUUUUUCUCCACCAGAUUGAAACUUAAAAAAAAGAAAACGUUCAAAUAUUGCACCAAAUAUUUUUUGUUGUGACAUAGAAAGUCGAGCACAAUGUUACAUUCCAUCCUUUCCAAAAAGAACCAACCAACAACAAAACGCCACUUGUUCUGUUACCUUCUACAUUUGCGUAUGUCUUCUUUAUCACAUUUAUCUUUGGAGGGGGGAAGGCACACAAGUGCAUGUGUUUGCUGGUUCACUCAUUUCAUGAAAAUAUUUUAUGAUAAACUUUUGAAAUUGCUGUGUUUUCUAGGGAAAAAAAUAAUGUACACAGCUCAUGUUUUCAUAUUUAAUUAAAAAAAUACAAUAUGCCUCCUAUGUUUAUCAGUGCACAGCAUUUUUUGUUGCUGAGAGUUGUCUGGUUUCAGAUGAAGCUUGAGAGUUGGUUACUUUGAUAUUGCUUGUCACAAACCAUAUUAAAAAUUUCUUGUGAUAACAAA